UAUUCUUGGUGGUUGUAUUAAUUGUUUAUCUAUUAAUAUUCUUGGUUGUUGUAUUAAUUGUUUAUCUAUUAAUAUUCUUGGUGAUAGUGGCACUUUUUUACUUAUUAUUAAUCUUGGUGGUAGUAUUGGUUUUGAUUCAAUUCAAGUUAUAUUUUGUACUCAAAAUUUGAUGUUUUUCUAUGUAUUAAUGGUCUUGGUUCAUUUUGCAUUCGAUAUGACAAAUCUUUACUGUUUAAACAAAAAUUUGUUUAUUAAUAUAAAACCACCUAAUGUACCAAAACCAUCGUUUGUUUGGGAUUAUUUUGGUAAUUUGUACAAAAAACCGAAUGAGGCAGUGGAUAUUCAACAUGUUUAUUGUAAAAUUUGUUUUAACAAAUUGAAAGAUGAUCAACCUGAUAUUAAUUUUUUUUCAAUUAAACAUCUUACUGGCGUUUACAGCAAUACAAGUGGUACAGGAAAUAUGAAAAAUCAUUUACUAUCAAUCCACCAAGUAACAGAAUCAUCACAAACAAAAACAACAAAUCAACAUAUUCUUUCCAUGUUUUCUCGUGAUCGUCAUUCAAUGAAAUCUUCACAAUUAAAGCAACAGCUAGGUCAUCAAUUAACAUUAAUGUGUUGUAGAGAUCUUUUACCAUUUUCUAUCGUUGAAAAUGAAGGUUUUCAAGAUUUUUUGAUAUCCAACAAAAUUGUUUCUUCAAAAUCAGAAAUUCCUUCACGUACCACACUAUCACCUAUAAAUCUCAAUAAAAUUUACGAUGUCUGUUAUCAAAAAACGAAAGAAUUAUUAAAAUUAUCAAUAAAAUUUCCUACAAUAACGUGUGAUACAUGGACCGACAAAUAUAAGCAUCGUUCAUAUAUUUGUUUUACAAUACAUUUUCUUGAUUCAGAUUUACAGUACCACAACUAUAGUUUGAAAACACAACCAUUUGAUCAAUCUCAUACAGGUGAAGCUAUAAAAGAUCUUGUUUUAGUUGUUUUACAUGAAUUUGGUAUAAAUUCUAAUAAUAUAAUUGUGGUUUCAGAUCAAGGUGCAAAUAUGCGCAAAGCAUGGAAAUUAUUAAACGUAAUACAUACAUAUUGUAUUUGCCAUGAUAAAGUUCAAAUGAUAAUUAAUAAACUUCGUUAUCGUCAACAUGAACUUGAAUAUGAAUUUUUUCGAUCUGAUAAAAUGAUAAACCAAGAUUUAUUUACAAUAAUAAAUAAAGCUGGUGAAAUAUUAGAUGCGGAUAUUGCUUCAUCAUAUAUUGAUUUUGAAAAUUUAGAAGCAUUGGAUGAGAAUAUGAUAAUUAAUAAUUUAGAAGAAUCGUUAUUAUCUGAUGAUUUACAAUUCGAUUCAAAACAAAUUCAACGUUCAAAAAAAUUUAAUAAUUUAAUUUCAGUUAAUAACACAGAUACAGAACGAUUUCAUACUUUAAAAAAACGUAUUGUAACUCGUUGGAAUACGAUUUUAAUUAUGCUUCGUUCAUAUAUCGAUAAUGUAGCUGGUAUUGAAAUUAUAUUACAUCGACUAAAACAUUUUGAUUUAAUAUUAUCACCUGCAGAAAAUCAAAUUGUUUAUGAUUUAGUUGAAUUUCUUGGUUUACUUGAAUCAGCAACAACAAUUUUAUCAGCAUCGAAAUCUUAUACAACAAUGAAUUUAUACUUAUUAUUAAGAAUGGAAAUAGAAUCUAUGUUGAACAUUACCGACAUGGAAUCAUCAGUUAUUCGAGAAUUUAAAAGUUUGCUUUUUCAAAACCUAAACAAGAGAUUUCCGGUGAUUCCAUUAAAUAUCUGUGGUUUUUUACUUGAUCCAUCACAACUCAAAAUUGAUAUUAGUCGUUAUUUAACUCAAAACCGAACAACAAAAGAAUUAAUUUUGUUAGAAAUGAUAAAGAAAUUUAAAAUUCAUGAUGUUCCACAAGCAUCCACAACAACAGAAAAUAUCUCAACACGUGCACCAUCUUCACAUUCAACUGCACGUACAACAACAUCAUCAUCUAGCAUGAAACGUAAUUUAUCAGUGGAGAAUUUGAGCGAACCAGUUCAAAAUUUAAAAAAACUUCGAGAAAAUUUAAUCCAAAAGCACACACCAAUUUCAGUGCCCUUUGUUGAUCCUAUUGCUAAUGAAAUAGAAAAAUAUUUGAGACUUGAUGUUAACUGUGAUGAUGUACUUCGAUUCUGGCGAUUAUCAGGAGACACAUUUCCUCAUUUAAAAAUUCUUGCUCAGGUUGUUCUUGCAAUUCCAGUUACAUCUACACCAAGCGAGCAAGUUUUUUCAAUAACAGGUUUGAUUCUCAAUGCUAAACGAACAAUGUUACUACCAGAGAAUGUUGGUAAAAUACAAAUGAUCCAUGACAAUUAUAAUUUAUUUAAACCUACUUAG